CCCACUAUUCGAGAGAACAGCCCAUUUGACCGCCAUCACCAUGUCUUCUGCGAGGGCCCCCGGGGCGGUGAAGGAAAUUGAAAAGCCCAGUGGGCCUAUGGGAAAAAAGAUUUCCGAGAUUUCUACGCAAGAACCCGAUGCGAAUCCCGAUGCCCUUGCAACUCUAACGGAGGGGGGAGCCGAGCGCAAGAGGAGGAGGGGUAGGGAUAGGACAAGGCGUAGGAGGGAGGAUAGACAUGCCAUUCGAGAAGGAUUGGCUGAAACGGAGGGUGCUAGGUUAGGAGAAGUUAAAGAGAUUUUAAAGGAAGAUCGAAUUGUCAGGGUCGCUGUUAGUAGACAGCCAAAUGAACUACAAACUCCAAAGAAAAAGGAUUCUGGGGAGUCGAAAGCCGCCGCCUAUAAUACUGUAGCUUCGGCCGAAGGCAAUGGGGGUUCUGGCGUUUCUGGUUGGAGGAUGUCGUCUGCCUUGGGAGGAAGGUUCCUUCCUUUGGACAUGGUGUUUUCGCAGGAUGAGAAAUUCUUUCUAUUGGCGCAUAGUUGCUCUCUCAGAAUAUAUUCUACAAAGACCUCACUACAAGUUCGCGAGUUCAACUUAGACGGCAAACCCUCCGAAGUAAUCACGUCCUUCAAGUUGGACCCACUGGAUUCAAGCAAAGUAUAUAUAGGCACUUCUGCCUCCAAAAUUUUCUUUGUGGAUUGGACAACUGGAAAGCUCGUCAAAUCAUGGCAAUUGAAUAACAUCCGUACGAUUCAGCGUCUCGCUAUUUGUAUGGAUGAAAAGAGGGAAGAUGACACUACGUACGGAAUUCUUUACGUCAGCGGCCCUAGAUCUAAAAACUCGUCUAUUAUGAUCCAACGGAUUAAACUGUCACCAUCAGUAGCGCCAAUCGAAGAUAUGGUCUAUGUAGCCCCGAAACCUUCCCCGAUAGGAUGUAUGCAAGUCCUCGAUCAGGGAAAUAUUGUUACUGCGAUAGCGGGUAACGCCUUGAUAAUAGGAAAUAGGAAUACGGAGGAGGGUUCAUCCGAUAAGAAACCUUGGGGAGUUUUUCGCCACUACCCGAUGUCAUUCCAUCUAGCUUGUAUGGAUACCUACCUCCACAGUGAGCCUGAUACCAAAAAACAUAAGGGGGGGAGGUCCAACAGGGAGAGCGGGCGUGAGGCAGAUCGGUCGGGAGAUGUUGUGGUUGGCGAUAACCAGGGUGCCUUGCAUUUGUUUCAUAAUGUGCUGAGAGUGAAAGGUUUACCAAAGGAAUCACCAGUAAUCAGCAAAAUGCACUGGCAUAGACAUAGAGUUCAGGCCGUCAAAUGGGCCCUAGAUGGAAAAUAUAUAAUCUCUGGCGGUUCGGAAACAGUCCUGGUCAUCUGGCAGCUGGGAACAGGUUCCAAACAAUUCCUGCCGCAUUUGGGAGCAACAAUUCACAACAUUACAAUUUCUCCCAAAGGUUCCUCUUAUGGCGUCGGCUUUGCCGACAAUUCCGUUAUGGUUCUUUCGACGACAGAGUUCAAGCCUACAUCAAGUGUCACCGGUAUUCAGUCUCGAGUAUUCCAUCUUGAGAAAGGCACUGAAUACCCAAAAUUUACCUGUGUUAUGCACCCAACAUUACCAAACCGUCUGCUGCUGGCAUCUCCCUCCUCACAGACCGACCUCUAUUCUUCCGCAUCUUCUCUUCAAACAUUCGAUAUCUCCUCCAAUAGGCAAAUCCAUCGACAGGCGUUGACUAAGAAUAACAUAACGAGUGUCAACCAAGGCCCCGAUGAGUAUAAAAUUAAGGAGCCAGAUCUACCGCACUUGGCUAUCACCAAGGAUGGCAAAUGGUUAGCUUCGAUCGACGAAUGGAAACCUCCAAAGAAAAGGUCUUUCUGUUCAAGCGAGGAUGGCCGUUCUUCGCAGGAGGGUGAUAGAGAUCAGAGUGAAGUAUCUCUGAGGUUUUGGAAAUGGAGUGAGAAAUCUCUAUCAUGGGAAUUGGCCACCAUCAUCAAAUCUCCGCAUCCUUCAUCUAGUGGCACGGGACCUGAAGAAGUCCUAGAUCUAGUUGCUGCGCCGAAGACCCACUUAUUCGCGACUCUGGCUGGGGACGGAAGUAUCCGGCUCUGGAAGCCAAAGGUGCGAGCAAGUGACGGCGCUAGGUUACGAGGGGAGGAUAGCGAAAUAACUGUCUGGUCCUGCCGAAAAGUCGUCAAAUUCUCCAAAGGCAAAAGAGAGCAACAAGUCCUGGCACAAAACCUCCUCGGAGGCGUGAGCCUACAAAAGGCCUGGUGGGGCAGCGCCGCCUUCUCAGAAGACAACUCAGUAAUCGCCGCGGCGGUCCCCAAUUCUCUCGGCGACGACUCAGCAAUAUACCUUACUGACCCAUCGUCAGGCACGAUCGCGCACUUCCUCAGCGGUCUGCGAGUGGGUAAGACUGCGGGGAUCGCAAUCCUGGAACGCUUUCUCAUCAUCCUCGGUACAUCGAAGUUACUCGUGUGGAACAUGGUCAAUGGGACCGUGCAAUGGGAAUUCAAUCUCAAGACCUUAUCAUCCGUCGACAGCCCGGUUACUCAUCUAGCGGUAGACUACGUCAGCCAAACCUUUGCCAUCACAGCCUCCCAGCGCGACGCCCAAUCCCCGAAAAUUUUUAUUUUUGAAGCGCCCCACCCGACACCAGUUCACAUCCAGAACUUCGAAUACGGGUACCAGAUCAUGGCGCUCAUAGCAACGGAUACAGGAAAGGGCUACGUCACGCUGGAUAACCAAGCCAGGGUCCGCUGUCUAUCCCCCAUCCUCGCCGGGCCAGUUCAACGCAUCCCAGCCGAGGACGGGGAGGAGGAAUCACUACUAGUCGCAGAAGAAGACGAACCCAAAAUUGGUACACUUUCGGGCGCAUACUUAUCUACCACCGCCCAUACCACGAGCGCGGAAGAUCGCAUGGACUUGGACUGCGUCAAAAACGACGGCGUCGUAGAUCAUGUCGUUUCUCGCGAAGCACUGGAGGAUAUCCUAGACUCUACACCUUCCUACGCCAUCGGUUCACUUGACUAUAUAUUCGACCAGGUUCUUCAGCUGUUCGCGAAGGCGCCGCUGCUGAAUGAUGGCGAUGAUCGCUAUGACUGUGAAGGGGUGGAGGAGGGUGGGCUUGAUAAUGGGAGUGGGAAUGAGGAAGACGAUAAUGAGGAGGAUGCGAUGGAGGAGUAGUAGAAGUAACCCGGAGUUUUUUUCUUCUAUUUUUCUUUGUAAGAUGCUCAGGUUCAAUAUCUUCUUUGUAUUCGCUAGUUGGGGGGUAAGAAUAAUGCAGUCCGAAAGUUUUCCUCUUUCUGGGGAGGAGAGGUGAUUUUUCAUAUUGUUUUAUUUUGAGCGAAGUUUAAGCUAGACUAGAAUGGGUGUAUGGCAUAUGAGUUUGGAUUUACUGCGUACCUACCUUG